AUGACUUCAUUAAGCGAAAAUAUCACCUCAUCCAUGGAAAACAACAAUUAGCAAUAAAGCAACGAAGCUGCAGAUCAGCAGGCAGACAAUAAUCAAUCUGAACAACCAACUCUAGUUUUAAAAUUUUAAUUUGGCACUCAGAAAGUACAGACUCCAAGUUAAAAGUUCCUUUUGAUGCUGAAUAAAAUAGAUAUAAAAAAUUUCGAUAAAGUGAUCAAAUCCUUCAAUUUUGAUGAGCUCAUUCAUUCAGAGAAGGCAUUUAGCAUAGCCCAUACCGUUUGUAACAAAGUAAAUAACCAAAUUUCAACUUAGAUUGAGAAUAUAGAUUAAGAAAUCGAAACCUUUGAUGAGUUCUUUACCCCACUUGUUGUUAUGAUGCUUGAAAACGAGGAUAAACUUAGUAAAUAAGAAGCUAAGUAUACCGAAAAAUUGAUCAAUCUCAACAGAAUUGAUCAAGCAAGCAGAACAGAAGAACAAAAGCAAAAAAUAGAGGAAAAAGAAAGAAAACAAAAAAUGACAAGACAAGAAAUACUUCUAGGUUUUAAGUUUAUUGCUGAGCUCGUUCAAAAGAGACUCAUUGAAAUUCAGAACAUCUCAGAUAUAUUAAGAUCCCUCGUUCAACUAAAUGAGAAUCACUUGGAUUUCUUCAACUUAGGUAAGAUCGUCAUCAUCUUAUGCACUCUUGCCAAUAUUAUGUACUUAGAAGGAAAUGAGGAAAUUCUAUAGCAUCUCACCAAUAUUAUCGAUAAUUCCAAAAAAUCUAUAGAGGUUUACUGCAAGCGAGAAUAAAUAGCAAGUGAAUAAAUGAUAAUCGACUUGAGGGAACUUAAUAAUAGAAAAUUUGUUGGAGUUUACGAAGUUAGAAAUAUUCUUAGAAGAAUAUAUCAGACUGUAUACGGUAGCAGCAUUCAGUUCGCUGAAUUCCCAUGCAUCAUGUUUAAUUAAAAUCACUGA